AUGAAGAUCUCCUCUGUGGUCUUCGCUCUCCUCACUCGAGCCCUGCUUGGAGAUUGGUGUUUGGCCAUUAACGUCACCAUCACCCCUUACCCCUUCACGGUGGCCCAGGAGGGUCAAAACAUCACGCUCUCCUGUGUUGUGUCCCAGCGGAGACGAAACGCUGCUCUGCCAGUGGUGAAAUGGACGUUCCUGCCCGCGGGCACGGACCGACCGGAGGACGAACUCCUCAUCGCCCGUGUCAACAUGAGGAAGGCACGCUUCUACGGGAACUACACGAAGAGCUUCACGUGGCCCAAACUGAAGCUGACGGUGGUGAAGCAGGGGAAGAUCUUUGACCUGGUGAUCCUGAACGUGUCCGAGGGGGAUCGAGGGCUCUACAUGUGCCGGGUGCAGGAGUUUAAAAAGCACCAGGACCGCUGGAAGGCCUCGUCGAACUGCACCGCCGCUACUGAGCUCAGAGUGCAUGUCCUACCGGCCACCAAAGCCAAAGAAAGCCUGUGGAGCUUGUUUGAAGAUGUGUACCUGUGUGCAGUGCUGAUCUGCUCAGUUGGUUUGCUGUGUAUGUGCAUGUUCACGGUGACAGUAACAUGUCAGUACAUACAGAGGAAGCAGAGGUUAAAAGAUAAUUACCUCUUGGUCAAAAGCUCUCAGAACAGCUCGGGAGAGACCGUCACCAGCAUGCUCAAUAUGUCUCCUGCUCUGCCUAAGAAAGAGAGGAGGUACAGAAAGAAGAGGAGCAGAGACUACCAAGAGGAGAUACCUCCAGAGAUACCAGCAAAAGCUCCCAUUGGAGACAAAACACGGAAACCCAAACUGUUAAAACCACAACCAAGAAAAGUAGUCCUGCCGAAGAUAGUGGAGGAGAAUCUGACCUACGCUGAGCUGGAUCUCGUGAAACCAAUUCCUGAACCCAAGGCGUCGUGUAGCGGCACUGUUUACGCUCAGAUUCUGUUUGGGGAGCAGCAGCUAUGAGACAAACACACACCACUACUAACUGUGCCUAAUGUAAAAAGCAUUGUCUAUUUAUAGUCUGUAUUAUUUUGUAUUCAAACGGUUUUUGAACGGCAAAAUGUGUCAUGUGUCAAAAUGAUGACGUAAUGUGUACAUAGGAUUUUAUAUGUUCUUUGAUAAUACUUGCUUUUCUGAUUCAAAGGGACAUUUUUUGCACCAAUGUUUGAAUUCUGCGUUGCUUAAAUUAGGAACUCAAUAUUUUAAAAUGUGCACAGAUUUAGACCAGAUUUGUCCAUCGUGGAGGAUACUCAAAUGUGAACAGAUGAAAUAUUUACUUGUUGAUUUAGUGGGCAGUAUACUGAUUGAUUAUGUGAGCAUGUGAUUGUCAACACCACCCUUGUCUUGACAUUUCUUAGUUGGCUACACUCGCCUUUUAUUUGAAUUGUGGGAAAACCAUCUUCUUAUGAAAGAAGUAGAUUCAAGAUAUCCCAUAUUGUUAAGAAUGUCUAUUUCUAAAAUGUGAUUUACUUUUAUCGUGUUCCCAGCAUUAUCGGUGUGUUUCUGUGUGUCAGCCCGCAGUUCAUAACGACCACAUCUCCGCAGAGUUGAUAUUUAAAUAGCUAUUAGCCCACCGACCUCACCCAGAGUCAAGUACGCGAGACCAUGCGAGCUCUUUCAUCUGGUGCCAACAUCAACUAAACAAGCCGUUAGCGAGAGCGUCUAAAUCCGAGGGUGGAGUCACGUCCAGGCUCGAUAUCCAUGUAGACUUACUCCUAAAAAGGCUCAUACUAUACAUUCAAUGUGCUUCGAACUAUGCGGCACCUGAUCUAUAAACAGGGACACACUUUAGAAACUGUGUCUGGACUAUUUCACAUUAAUGUCUACUUCAAAUCUAAAGCUGAUUUCGUUGUUUGAGAUAAUAAUUCAUAUCAGCUGCAGUCUCUCCUGCCUUCAUACGAUCUCCUCUCUUCCUCACUUUCCGUGAAUCUGAGUGUGAAAGUGCUUAGUGCUUCUUUUUCCAUUGACUGAUCCUUUGGAUUCAGGCAUGGAAAAGCAAAGGAGAGCUUUUUUAACACGGAACCUGAAACCCAGACAUAAAUGCACCCUCCCUUCCCCCAAGGCCUCCACUAUCUCAUGUGGAAUAAUCCAUGCACAUGAAGCCCUCCGCAGAUAUAAGUCUCACUUUUCGCUGCAUGCCAUCGGAAGUCCACCCUUUACGUCAAACUUUAGCUAAACCAGCUACUUAUCUGAUAACCAAUAUUUAGAGUAGUUAGUCACCAACUAAAAUGCUUUGUCUCUUCAGUAAAACAUUUAAAAAUCAACUUAUAUGUGGUAUUUUAAGUCAUAUAAACUAUGCUUAAGUAGCUGGGGAUUGUUUGAUGGCCCAUUAUUCCGAAGUUACCAAAAACCGUCCCCACAAUAGCGCCGUCAUGAUCCGCCCUACUCUGGCUCUGAUUGGCUGUUUCUUGUUGUCUUAGUUGAUUGGAUAUAUUUCGGAGCAAUGGCCGGAAUAACAGGCUGUAGGUCAAAUGGAAAUUGGACAUUUAAAAAUUGUUAUGGGCCAUCAGAACAACUGCAUGGCACCAGGUAGCUAACAGCUGACAUGUAUUGAUUUAGUAAAAAAGUCAGUAUACCAUCACGAAAAGACAGCUGUCUAUGUCUUUGAUAAUGUCAAGUAAGUGGAGUUGUUGUUCUCUCAAUCAGCAGUUGAACAAAAGCCUAUUUCCAACAUGGCUGCCAACCAGUGGACACCAACAAAUACAGAUUUCUAACUAUUACCGCAAAUGUUUAAAUGUAUUGUUCCCUGUGUAUACUGUACAUUACAAACCACUAUCAAUGUCCCUUUUUCACCAUUCCAAUUGUUCUAUUGUUGUAUUCUCGUAUGCAUAUUUUCAGUUGCACAGUGUGUUUUAUUCGUAUAUGAAAUGACUGAAAGUGACUUUUCAGUGGCGGGCAGAAGUGUCUUAAAAUGCCCUUAGACUGUGAAAUGUAAAGUUUCUUCCAGACCACAUUGUCCUUAAUGGGAGUCCACUAACUAGAACCAUGUGUGUUAAUUUAGCCUCUCCUUCUCCCUCUCUCCUUUCCCUCUCCCUGCCCACACUGACCUCUGCAUUCAUUAACUCCCCAGUUUGUUUUGUACAUUUCGUCUGUAUCAGUAAGUGAAAUAAAUAUAAAAAUGGACGUGA